AUGCAGGAACCAGAUGACGAGCACCAUGUCGAUCACGCUCUAGCCGACAAUGACGAGGACUCGGCCCUUGACCUGGGCGACGACCAAAUCUCUACUGCGUCAAUAACAUCCACGAUUCGCAAUUUCCAGAUUGAAAAUGGCCAUACUUACCACGCGCUCCGUGCGGGAAACCUGCAAAACCAACACUUCUUAGCAACGUUUGGAGGCCGUGCCCAUUUUGCACCGGGAGCAGAGACGGCUCAACGAGUCCUUGAUGUCGGUACGGGAACGGGCAUCUGGGCGAUCCAGUACGCCGAUGCACACCCCGCAGCGCAGAUCAUCGGCGUCGAUUUAAGCCCGAUACAGCCUACAUAUGUUCCGCCCAAUUGCUCGUUUGAGAUUGAUGAUCUCGAGCACGAAUGGACGUGGUCGAUCCCCUUCGAUUACAUCUUCAGCAGAAUGAUGGUAGGCAGUUUUGCUGACUGGCCCGGUUUUAUCGGCAUAACUUAUGAGAAUUUAACCCCUGGUGGCUGGCUGGAGCUACAAGAUUGCAUUUUCCCUCUCGGGACUGACGACGGGUCAUUUCACGAGGGCCAGACCAUUUAUGAAUGGAGCUCGUUGCUGCUAGAGGCUAGUAACAAGUUGGGCCGGUCUUUGGGCGCAGCCAUACAUCACCGCGACCGCAUGAUAGCAGCUGGCUUCACAAACGUGACCAUGAAGCUCUUCAAGUGGCCCACGAAUAGUUGGCCAAAAGAUCCGAAGCACAAAAUUGUCGGAAUGUGGGCGUUGGCAAAUAUCGGCAGUAACGUAGAAGGCCUGAGCAUGGCCCUGCUAUCGCGAGUGCAUGGCUGGACACGGGAACAGGUACUGGCAUAUCUCCCUGCAGUACGGAAAGAUCUGCAAGACAAUAGGAUCCAUGCGUAUUGGCCGAUGUAA